AUGUCUCGUCCCGGUGAUUUUGAUCAUCUCAUAGGGACCUAUGUCGUCCUGAAUCUGCCUUCCACAUCACAGCCCCAGAGCUUCAUGCUUGACACAAAGCUUUCUGAAGACUAUCAAACCAGUACUCAACAGGAGUAUGAUGAAGAGUUUGGCUUCCCUUACGCGGUGAUCAAGUUCACCUGCCACAACGUUGCAAAGCCUGCUGAGCAAGGCUUCUUGCGCCUUUACGCACAGAUACCAAUAGACGGUACCCUCAGAUCCAAACCCGAAAUACGGGGCAAGCAAGCCAGGGAAUCAAGCUCCCAUGCCGAGCCUCAGGCACUCACUGAGCUGCACGAGGCCAAUUGUACUGUUGUGCCAAAGCUACUUGGCGUGGGUCACUCCAAGCAAAGCCUCGAGGAUUACGUUCCCGGUGGAUAUAUGGAAUGGGUUGCGUGGGCACGGGUACCUGGCGAGCCCUUGCGUAUGAUUCCUUACUGGAACCGAUCAUAUGAAUAUCGACAGGAAGUUCGCGAAGCGUUCCGGAAUAUCUACGGGGAGUUGAUGAGGGGCGGCUGGCAGCCAUGGAUAGCCUCUCUAGAAAAUCUCAUCUACGAUGACGUCGGAAAAACGAUGUAUGUGGCUGGGUUCCGUGGUGCUGGACCAGCCAAACGGAUACCAUGGUCGGACGUGGUAUAUUCCGAGUGGGGGCUAGCGAAGCCAUCAUAUCGACACGACUGGUAUGCCAACACCACAGAUUGGACUUGGUAG